ACGAGUACGUCUGUCGGUUUUCUCAUUUCGUUAGUUUUUGGUCUUAUUCGUUUGUCUUCCUUAUGGCUCUUUGUAAAAUAUGUUCGUCGUGUCGUUAAAUGUCACAAAAGGACUGGCUGGAGUUCGUGCUGCAGAGCAGAAAGAUGGAGGACAAAGCGUUAGAAGUCUACGAUGUGAUUCGAUCGAUUCGUGAUCCAGAGAAGCCGAACACCUUGGAGGAGUUGGAGGUGGUGUCAGAGAACUGCGUGGAGGUCCAGGAGCUCGGAGAGGCAGAGUACCUCAUCAUUAUCAAGUUCUCUCCAACCGUCCCUCACUGCUCUCUGGCCACUCUGAUUGGUCUGUGCUUACAAGUCAAGCUGCAGCGCUGUUUGCCAUUUAAACAUAAGUUGGAAAUUUACAUUUCUGAAGGAACCCAUUCUACAGAGGAUGACGUCAACAAACAGAUCAACGAUAAGGAGCGGGUGGCAGCUGCCAUGGAAAACCCAAACCUGCGAGAGAUUGUGGAGCAGUGCGUUAAAGAACUGGAUGACUGAUUGUCC